AUGUCUGCUGCGUCCUCUUUCAUCCUCCUGCGCUGUCACUGUGGAAUCGCCGGUUUGCUGGCCCUGCCUAAACAAACGCAAUGGGCCACGCACGACGCUUGGGCUCAGCGGACAAUAGCAUGGCGUGCUCUAGAACCGCCGUCUGGGCAUCGCGCAGAAAGCGGCGGGGACUGCGGCUUCCGGCUUCCUGGGGCGGCUUCCCAUCCGCCUGCAACAUCCGCCGCCCCAGGAAGCUGCGACCGGAAGCGGAUGGAAGCGGGAUGCGCCGUGCAGGGUGAUUGGGAAAUGUCGUAUUGCUUUUCUAGUUCGGGGCCCAUACACCGGGGAGAAGUACGUCACCGGGGGAGGGGGUCACGUGGCAGUCAUGCGUCUGGGGUCAGGUGGUCUGUGUGGUUUUGGGUGGGGGGUGGUGGGGGAUGGUGGGGGUACGUCGACGUGGAGCCGCGAUGA